UCAACUCAGGGGCACAUCAUGGUAAUGGCCAGCAGUCCUGUUACAUGGAGUUUUCAGUGUCAGGAUGUGGUCAUUCUAUCCACCACUGAGGCAGAAUAUAUCACAGCAAUGCAUGCAGGGCAAACUGCAAUGUGGAUCAAUUCAUGGGUGAUGUCUAUCUUUGUAUUUCUCUUCCAAUCAACCUCAGGAUGGAUAGUGCAGGUGACAAAAGCCUGGCAAAAUGCUCCAUCAACUUCACCCAGGUCUGGCACCUCAAUGUUCAAUACCACUGGCUUCAUGAAGCUGUUCACUGGAAGCAGAUCCAGAUCAAUCAUAUUCUCAGCACCAAAAACCCUGCUGAUAUUUUCACCAAGGCCCUUCCUCAGCCAGCUCUUCUCAAGCACCUCAAGUUUCUUGGCCUCACAGUC